UUUGAGAUCAUCCUUGCAGAAAAAAGAAUCCAUACCACAAAAAAAGAAAAUCACAGCUUCUCUGAUUCAGCUCUUUGAUUCUUUCUCACUGACUACCCCUUCUUCAGCUAAGCUAUAAGAUAGAAUAUAUAUAUAUAUAUAUAUAAGUUACAUAUACAUAUGUGUAAGCAUAUAUUUAUGCUCUCCACUUUCCGUUUCUUCUCUCUAAAGAAAGAAGCAAAAUUUCCCGCUUUUUUCUCUCUUUGAUUCUCAAGAAUCUCUCUCUUUUCCCAACUGGGUAAUCUUGCUUUCUCCACCAUAUCCGAUCAUCUUCCUCCUCUGUUUUCUUUCCUUCUCUCUUGUUUUUCGGGUUCCUUAUUCACAGUUUCUGUUGCUUUGUUCUUCUGGGUAUUUGUCAUUUAAAUGGUGUAAAUAAUAGAUAACCAAAAGUUCCCACUUCUUUAAUUACAAUUCUUUGUGUUUCUCCGCUACAAAAUUCUAAAGAUCGAUCUGGGUGUUUGUUUGUUCUCUAUUUUCUUUUUCAGAAAGCCAGGAACUUUAUGAGAUUUUUUUUUUUCCGGAUUCUCUUUGAUUCUUCAAAGGUGGGUCGUUAUUAGAUUCUUCAGUUUAUGCUGUUAAUCAAGCAGCUAAAAGAAAAUUCCUGAUUCCUGUAAAUAGUUCUUGAUUUUGUCCUCCUCUGAUCAACCCUAAAAUCCAAAAAAAAAGCUUCAACCUUGUUCUCCCCUUGUGUCUCCCUCUUUCAUCUACAACAUGAGCUUUUGAAGUUACCAUUUUUUAUACAUUCACAAUCCAGAAGCAUGGAAACUCUAUCUCCAGUCUCAUUCAUGGCAAGUCCCAACUGGUUUAUUCAAGAGAGCAGAACAAUCUGGACCAGAGAAGAGAACAAGAGAUUUGAGAGUGCUCUGGCGAUCUAUGGAGAAGACACGCCUGAUAGGUGGCUGAAAGUGGCUGCCAUGAUUCCGGGAAAGACAGUGUUUGAUGUGAUGAAACAGUACAAGGAACUUGAAGAUGAUGUUAGUGAUAUAGAAGCAGGGAAGGUGCCCAUACCGGGUUACUUGAGCUCGUCAUUUACAUUAGAACUGGUUAACAAUCGUGAUUUUGAUGCAUACAGGAAAAAGCCUGUGAGUGGUAGAGCUUCUGAGCAAGAGAGGAAGAAAGGUGUGCCAUGGACAGAAGAUGAACAUAGGAGAUUUUUAUUGGGACUUCUAAAAUAUGGCAAAGGGGACUGGAGAAACAUCUCUAGGAAUUUUGUGGUGUCCAAGACUCCUACUCAAGUGGCAAGCCAUGCCCAAAAGUAUUACCAAAGACAGCUUUCAGGAGGGAAAGACAAGAGAAGACCAAGCAUCCAUGACAUAACAACUUUUAACCUAACGAACUCAGCCUUCUCCGAACAUCAUUCACUGUCUUUGUUUGAUCACUCUGAUGUUCUGUCACCGCAGCACAAGCUUGUUUCCAGCAUGCCGAAAAUAGGCCUUGACUGGAACAACCCUAGUGAUGCAGCACUCAGGACAUUCAAUUCGAAUUCUGCUAACAUGUUUAAGCAGUCUCCAUUUGAUAUUGCUUCGAAUGGCUUAAAGCUCCAGGGUCAAAAUCUAUAUGGCAGUGCAUACCACGGAGCUCGUGUCAAACUCCAGAAUUCAGUGUUCUAAAACGAACUCAGAAGCGAAUCAGAUUGGAUAUAUGGAAUAGGAUAUCAUGUUUAAUGUUCUCGUGGGAUUGAGAUGGCAAACCUAGGUGUGUUGAGUUUUUUAUCUGUCAUGGUUUUGUUUGGUUACAGAAAUGAAAACUGAAAUUGAUACAUAUGCUUUUUCACAUUGCAGAAAAGUAGACCAUGUAGUCAAUAUCUUAAAAUUGUGAAUUUGUUUAAGGACUUUUUCUGUUUUAUCCUUGUGACCUCCCGUACCGGGAAAAAAAAAAAAAAAA